AUGGAUUUGGACCGUAAGAUCGCCGUCUAUCGGCUGAUCGGCUAUUUGGCUGUGGCGCUCGCUACCGCGUCGACGAUCAGCAUCUGCAUCACCAUCCCAAUCCUCUACACCCAAGUCGCCAGAGCCCGAGAACGGAGCCAUGAGGAGCUCGACUUUUGCCAACAUUCCAUCAUCUCCGUCAGCAGCCAACUACGCCGUAUUGACGACGCGGGCGGCAACCGCAACCGCACCGUGAGGCACGCUUACGCAACAGUACCCCCACCACCGUCAGCUACCGAUCCCAAUGCGAGAUCUGCUGUACCGAAGGCCCACGUGGUCCUCCAGGAGCUGCAGGACGACAGGGUCGCCCAGGUCGUCCUGGUGUCGAAGGCCAACCCGGAAACCCGGGAAAACCCGCGUCAAAAUGCCAACUUCCGCCCCCUCCACCAUGCCCUCAAUGUGAUGCCGGUCCUUCAGGUGAUGACGGUCCACCCGGGGCCGAGGGUCAACCGGGGCCUCCGGGUAGUCCUGGUCCCCGUGGGCCGCCUGGGGAUGCCGGGCUCGAUGGGAUACCGGGAACGAUUGGUGCUCCAGGAAUUGCGGGUGAACCUGGCGCGCCAGGAGCACCUGGUGAAGACGCGGUGGGGAAUAAGCCGAAGCCUGGCGGGCCUGGGCCAGUUGGUCUCCUCGGGA